CGCUUGACCUUCCCUUCCCUUCUCCAUCGCAAUCAAAUUCCACGAUCACCUUCAUCACUUUGCCGUAACUGAAAAAUCGUUCGAGUCGUGAAGGAUUCCAUCCAAAAAAACACAACACAUAUACAAGAUGUCCUACAACAAGCCAGAAAAGGGAGAGUUCGGCGAGGGCCCAGUACGCAUUCCUUGCCCCAAAUUUCCCCACCACCACAAAAUACUUUUGCGCAUUCACAUCCACGACAUCGAAGAAUAGAGACUGAUAGAUAUUUUACCACAGAAAACCCACAAGAUCCGAAUCACCCUCACCUCCCGAAAGGUCGACUCCCUCGAGAAGGUCUGCCAGGAGCUCAUCGAGCGCGCCAAGUCCAAGGACCUUCGCGUCAAGGGCCCAGUCCGUCUCCCAACCAAGACCCUCAAGGUCACCACCCGAAAGACCCCCUGCGGAGAAGGUUCCAAGACCUGGGAUACCUUUGAGAUGAGAAUCCACAAGCGAUUGAUUGAGUAUGUCAAGAUUCAUGGUUCAUUUACAUGCGCGGAAUAUGCUGACCGUUUUCCCAGUCUCAACGCUCCUACCGAAGUCGUCAAGCAAAUCAUCAUCAACAUCGAGGCCGGUGUUGAGGUUGAGGUCACCAUUGCUGCGUAAAUGUAACAUCUGGAGGACAUUGGAACAGUGGAUAGACAAAAACAAAUUACAUCAGUCUACUGCGCUUUUCACGUUUCCAUGGAAGCUUCUCAAUACAGAAAUCGCUUGAGCAUUGAGCUAUGAAGUUGUGACAGUCCCUAGAAACCAUCUCGAAAGUAUAUACAACGUGCGCUCUGUAGUAUUGUCAAUUGACAUGCCACCAGGAAAGUUCCUGCAACCCC